AUGCCCGCCAUGGCUAAGACAGGCACCUUCUGGCGGCAGACAGCGGCGUUAGUGCGUAAGAAUAUGAUCGUUCUCUGGCACUAUAGAAUCAUCAAUAUCUUUCGAGCUCUCCUGCUGCCUAUAGCAUACGCCGCCUUUUUCGCCAACGCGCAAAACUUCUUCUCGUUCAUUGGAGUCACACUCUCGCCAAAUCUUGGGGGCUUCAAGCUAGUCUACACUGUCCCCACUAAUAAUAAUACCGCCGCCGCGCUUGCUGAAGAUCUGCUCUCGCGAGCGCUCUCGGGGAUCAAUCGCGGGGACGCGAAUAUCGUACGAGUGCAGACAAAUGCUCAACUCGAAAGGCAAUGCCCAACGAACUUCAACGGGCGGAGCGAGUGCUAUGCGGGUGUACUGUUUUCCGGAAUCGACCCGAACAAUCAGCAGCUGAACUAUACGAUCCGAGCGGACGUCGGACUGUCAAAUAUUGACGUUUGGGACCACUCGAAGGAUGACGUGCAGAGUCGGCUGCUGCCUCUGCAAUGGGCAAUCGAGAGCAACUUCAUCAGCAUGUCUACCGGUGUCUUGCCUCCGUCGCCAUUGUCAUGGGAGUACACAAAUCAGUCCGCCGAGGAAUUGGCAGAGACUAACCGGAUCAACUAUUUGGGAGGUAUCCGGGAUCUGCUCGUACUCGCUUUCUUCCUAGAUUUCCUGGGUAUCGUGUAUCAGCUACCUGGAAGUAUCGCCUCCGAGCGGUCCAGCCUGCUCACAUCUCAUCUGGAAGCUAUGGGUUGCAGAAGAUCGGCUCGAUUCAUAUCUUGGCAUCUCUCCCUCUCGGCCGCCUACCUACCUGCUUGGAUCGGCAUCGCCAUUAUUUUCCAGGUCUUUGUGUUCAAGGGGACCAGUCUCGGUCUUCUGAUUGGGUUGUACAUCGUCACUGGACUGGGGCUGGCUAGCUGGACACAACUGGUGGUUGUGUGGUUCAAGGACGCGAGUACACUUGCCGCCAUCUUCACCACGUUCCUCGCCAUCGUCUUCAGUCUCAUUGCGCUCUUCCUUCGGGUAUCAUCCGCCGGUCUCCAGAUGCUCCUGACAUUCCUCUUCCCGCCCAUGUUUUUCACUUUCUUCACGAAGGCCCUGGUCGCAUGGGAACGGAGCAAUCCAAGGGAGUCCAUCCGGCUCACCCGGGUCAGCCCGGAGGGAGACGCACCCGUCGCAUGGCUGCUAGUCAUCGCUAUCGUCGACAUUUUCCUCUUCCCCCUCAUCGCUGCAUACUUUGAAUCCAGGAUCUAUGGCGUCCGACCCCCAGACUACGUCUCUUUUUGGCGCAGAUUAUUUGGCCGAAAGUCGGCAGAUGUAGGGGAUGAGCUGCCCGCGGGUACGGCUGUCCAGCUCGAGCACAUCAGGAAGGUCUACAAGGGCGGUUUCAUGGGCUUGAUCGGAAGGAAGAAGGAUGUUGUCGCGAUUGAGGAUCUCUCUUUCUCUGUGCCAAAGGGUGAGAUCUUCUGCCUCCUUGGACGCAACGGAGCGGCCAAGUCGACCACCCUGCAUACUAUCGCUCGGCUCAUCAGUGCCACUGGCGGGAGAAUACGAUAUGCGGAUGAUCUGUGCUUAGGGAUUGCGAGUCAGAAGGAUGUGCUCUGGGACGAGUUGACGUGUGAACAACACAUCUCGCUCUGGCGCCAGAUCAAAUCCUCAUCGGCACACCACCAAACCGAAUCCGACCUCGAGCUGCUCCAGCGGUCGGACCUCGGCCCAAAGGUCAAGUUUUACAGUAAGAACCUGUCGGGCGGGCAAAAGCGGAAACUACAGCUGGCGUGCGCCUUGGCAGGCGGUAGCAAUCUGCUGCUUCUGGACGAGAUCACGAGUGGUCUAGAUCCGCUCAGUCGGAGGGCGAUCUGGAAGUUGAUCAGCUCGAAUCGAGGGAACGCUACUAUUGUUCUGACGACGCAUUUCCUGGACGAAGCGGAUUAUCUCGGAGACCAUGUUGCUAUUCUACAGCAACCUGGUCGACUUCUCGCCCUUAACAAUCCCGUCGCCCUCAAGACGCAGAUCGGGAAGGGCUUCGUCCUGUCUGUCGAUGUGCCCGAGAAUGGUCCCGAAGUCCACCUCGGAGACCUCGGCGCAGGCCUUAUCGAGCGGGAAACCAAAGGCAAGAAGCUGUACUUUACGGGUACGACCGACUAUGCGCCCAUCCGUCGGCUCGUCGGUCAGCUUGAACGCCAGCGCGCAUCGGGCCGGGACGUGCGGUAUCAGGUCAACUCGGCGACGAUGGAGCAGGUCUUCCUUGACUUGAAUGCGGAGAAAGAGGAGGGCGUUCUAGCUGUACCGGCGCUGGAUCCUGCCGGGCAUGACACGAUCGAGAUGGUGCCUCUGGACAGCACCACCGGGUCCGACUCGGAUGACCUGGACAAGUCCACCCCACCAAAUGGAUUAGAGAAGGAUCUGGAAGCGUCGCACGCCUACCCGGGGACCAACACACCCGUCCUUCUCGCCCUCUCACCGGGGCGGAAACGGAAUGUCUUCCUCGCUACCCCAAUCGACGCGUUCACCAUCUUUGUCAAGCGGUGGAUGGUCUUCCGCCGAGCUUGGGUCCUCCCCGUCAUCGGCCUCAUCGUCACUAUCGCCGCGGCAACCAUCCCGCUCGGAUACAUGUACGGCCGGGUCCAGACGUGCGCUUUGGUGCUCACCAACCGGCGGCUCCAGCGGCUCAGCUACCCUUACUCCAUCUACCCCGCGGUCUUCUCUCCGCCCGUCAUCUCCCCCUCUUCCCUCUUUUCGGCGUAUCCCGCUGUCCUCCCCCUCGUUCAGCGAGUGGACAAUAACGCGACCUUCAUCUCGACAUUUGCGGACACCACUGCCAACAUCUCGUACGGUGGUAUCUCGCUGCCAAGCAAUGUUGCCACUUCGCCCGCGCUGUUCGCAUACGAGGGACAGGCGUUCACGCAGAAGGGACAGUCGGUGCUCAAUCUCCUGAGCAACCAGCUGCUGAACUCCAUCUCGACUCCCAACAUCACUGGGCUGGGGAUCGGGCAGAUCGGAAGGCUUUUCCGCAUUGACUUGUCUUUCAGGUUCAUGGCGGCCCCGGAUUUUAGCUCGACCGUUCUUGCUAUCAAGUGGCUCGGAUUCUUUGGUCUGGGUAUGGCCGUCUGGCCUGCAUUUGCCGUUAUUUAUCCCACUCAAGAAAAGGCCAGCAAUGUCCGAGCGAAUCAGUACAGUAACGGUGCCUCGCCCGUCGCUCUCUGGCUCGGCCACCUUCUCUGGGAGCUACCCCCCAUCAUCACCAUCUCUACCCUCAUCACCAUCAUCUUUGCCACUGUCUCGUCUCAAUUCAACGCGAUCGGUUACGUCUGGUUCUGCUUGUUGUUGUACGGGAUCAGCGCGACGCUGUACAGCUUCAUGUUUGCGCUGUUCUUGACGAGUCCGCUGGCGAGUUGGGCGUUGGUCGCCGGGAGUAACGUCAUAUUGUUUAUGUUAUACUUGGCGUCGUACCUCCUCAUCUUGACCUAUGAUCGGAGUGCUAGUGCUGCGUACCACAUGACCAUCGCCCACUUCACGAUCUCCCUCAUCAACCCUGUACCCAGUAUUGUCCGCGCCAUUCUCGUCUCCAUCAAUAUGUUCAACCUCCUCUGCGACGGUCUCGGCGACUACUCGGACGACCCCUACUCCAACAUCAUGCAAUUCGGCGGUCCCAUCCUGUACAUGAUCCUCCAGUCCUUCUUCGCAUUCGCCGUCCUCGUGUAUGUCGACUCGGGCUCUCCACUCCCUGCCUUCCUCUACCGCUCGCGUCUCAAGGGUAUCGCGCAUGAUCCGGACGACGCGCGAUCCGCCGACGUCAUCGAGGAGAAGCAACGCUUGAUUCAGGGAGCGCCGGAUAUGCUUCAGGUCCUGGGGUUGAAGAAGCGCUUUGGGAUGAGCAAGACAUUGGCGGUCAAUGAUGUUUCGUUUGGAGUGCAGACGGGGGUGAACUUUGCGCUUAUUGGACCGAAUGGAGCGGGGAAGACGACGACCCUUGCGGUGAUUAGGGGUGUGGAAUUGCCAACUGCUGGAGACGUCCACGUCGCCGGACACUCGAUCGUAAAUUCGAGGAACGGUGCGCGGGCGCAACUUGGUGUCUGCCCGCAGCAUAACACAAUAGAUCAGCAUUUGACCGUCAGCCAGCACCUUUGGGUAUACGGCCGACUCAAAGGCGUACCUCGCAAACUUCUCAAGCACGACAUCUACGCUCUUCUGUCAGCGGCUGGACUGCUCGUCAAGGCAGACCAGCUCGCUACCAGUCUUUCAGGCGGAAAUCAGCGCAAGCUGGGUCUGGCUAUUGCUUUGAUUGGCGAUCGGCCGGUCGUGCUCAUUGACGAGUUCUCAAGUGGUGUCGACCCAUUCUCAAAACGCGAGGCUUGGACAACGCUCGCUGCUUUGACCAAAGACCGCGCCGUCGUCAUGACCACCCACUCGAUGGAAGAAGUCGACGCCCUUUCUUCCCGAGUCGGCAUCGUCGCUUCCAAAAUGCUCGCGGUCGGAACCCCUUCCAGCCUGAAAUCUCGGUUUGCGACAUACGAGAUCCACCUGCCUGCGACGCAAGUGGGCGAGGUGCUAGAUUAUCUGCACGAAAGGGGCUUUGGGGAGGCAGAACGGAGUCUGGACACGUUGACGAGGAUCAGUGUGCCGGGAGUGAGGGAGGAAGAGGUGGGGCGGUUAUUGGCUGUUCUGGAGGGGGUCAAGGGGGAGCUUGGGUUGGAUGUGACGCUGCAUGAGGCGUCGACUGAAACUGCGUUUUUGAGUAUCGUCCGGGCGCAUAAUGUCCGGGAAGAGGAGAGUAGGCAGGCAUCAGGUUCAUCCUGGUUUACCAAGCUCUUCAGGCGGCAUAAGCAGUAG